AUGGCGUCUUUCGGGUGGAAGAGAAAAGCUGGAGAGAAGGUGUCCAAAGCGGUGGUCCAGCAGUUUGAAGACGAGGCUGAGAAAGUGGAAGAAGGUGCUCAGAGAGAGGAGCAGGAGGAGGUGGACUGGCAGCAGGCGAUCAAGAGGAGGAGAGAGCUGCUGGAGGAGGACUGCACCUCCAAGAGCCGCUGUCUGCAGGAGGAAGGGGCUUUACUGGCAGAGCAAGGCAGACAUUGGGAGGCCAUCAAGAAGUGGGACGAAGCCAUCCAGCUCACACCGGAAAACCCUUCAUUGUACGACAUGAAGUCACAGGUUUUAACCAUUCUGCACGAGGUGUUCCCGGCGGUGAAGGCUGCGGAGAUGGCCGUGAAGCUCCGCCCUCUUUGGUGGGAGGCGUGGCAGACGUUGGGUCGGGCACAACUCAACCUGGGAGAAGUGGAUCUGGCGGUCAAGUCCUUCCAGAUCGCCAUCCACCUGUGCCCGUCCGAGUCCUCGCUGUGGCUGGAGGACCUGCAGUGGGCCUGUCGUCUCCAGCAGCAGCACACGGCCACCAAGGAGAGGAGCCAGAUGGAGGAGGAGACCAGGAGGCAGGUUUUGGACGCGCCCGAGCUGCAGCAGGACUUUGAUUUCGAGUCUGAGGAGGUGGUGGCGGCGUGCGAGGCCGUGGCCCAGAGACAGAGCCGCUACGAGGCCAUGCGGAGGAGCGCGCUGGUGGUGGACGCACAGGGGAACAUCCAGAAGGUUCCGGCCGCAGAGGGAGGAAGAGGAGGAGGAGGAGGAGAAGAAGGGGAGGAGACUGAGGCGCUGCCGAAGGAACUGUUUGUGAAGGCGAGAGGACUGUGA